AUGGGACUCUUAUUGUGGAGGUUUCUCACUUCCUGCUGUGUGCUCGUCAGGUCCCAUGAGCUCCAGCUGCACCUUGGAGGUCUACAAGGAGCUCAGGUGACUUCUGCAGACUCCUGCUCCAUCAUGUCCAGACAUCUGCACUCGCUGCUUCUGACCCCGCAGCGAGUCCCAGACUUCUUUGUCCCGCCUCGUGGCCCACGUCAGGGUCGGACCAGUCCAGCACCUGAGGUUUCACUCCGCCUGCCUGGGGUUCUUCUUCCUGGCCGGGACUCCGAGGACUCUGAAGACCAGUUGGACUAUGACACAGACGUCACCACACGUGCGGCCAUGUCACUGAUGCACGUGGACAAGGUCGCCACCCCCUAUGGCUUCUGUGCCAUGCUGGCCGCCAGUCCCUGCACGCGCCGCCGGGAGUCCCUCUUCCACCGCCACACAAGGACCAAGGUCCAACCUGCUCCUGCUGAGGACACAUCUGGAGUCCAGGGCGCACCUAGAGAGUCACUUCAAGUCCGAAGCACAACUGGAGGGUCACCUGCAGUCCGAAGCGCACCUAGAGGGUCACCUCGAGUUUGAAACACACCUGGAGGGUGACCUUGAGUCCAAAGCACGAGCACACAGACACCUGGAGGGUCACCUUGAGUCCGAAGCACGAGCACACAGACGGGACGAUGUCAGCAACUUUUUAUUUCAAUAAAGAAUAUUUUAAAAACA